CUAGGGUGACAAUAUGUUAAAAAAAAACAUAAAUAAUAAUAUAUAUAUUAAAAAAAAUACAAAUUUUGGCUAAGAUUUAUGAAGAAAGAUUAUUUAUUUGCAAAAUGUUAUAAGAAAAACACUUUUUUUUCAAAAUGUUUGUACUUUUUCAUUUAUAUAGCAAAAAAAAUAAAAAUCCCAGUGGUGAAUAAAUACCACCAAAAAAUAGUUUUAUCUGUUUCAAAAAAUGCUAAAAAAUGAAUAUGGGUACAGUGUUGCAUGACCGCGCAAUUGUCAUUCAAAGUGUGAUAGUACUGAAAGCUGAAAAUUGGCUUGGACAGGAAAGGGGUAAAAGUGUCCGGACUUGAAGUG